AUGCAAUCGAGACUUACCAAAAAGAGAAGCUUAAAGGGAUCAAAAGAGCUAUGGUUCAGCGAUGUUGUAACUUCACGUAAAUAAAUCUGCAAUGCUUCUACCAAUUAUUGAAAAUAAGGCUGAAAGCGACACUAUUCCCCAAGAUUUUGACCUGAAAUAUCAAGAAAUAGCAGAUAUGAACACUCACAGUGUUCUAAUCACUGGUGAGAUUAAAGGUCAUAGGGACGCUCUCUUCUAUCACAUUAUUAGGAAAUAUUUCUGUAUUCCAAUAUCUGUGAUAAAUAAGGAGAAUGAGCUUUCAGAAGAAAACAUAAAUCCCUACCCAGACAUCCUCACUAGCAUGAUGAAAGGGCUUUAUGAGGAUAUUCAUGGAAAGAUUAUUGAUGGUCCUUCAACUCCUUUACCAUAUGCUGUAAUAAAAGAAGAAGUUAAAUCUAAUGAGCAAUCCAAAACAUUCUGCAUUAUAUGUCCAACACAUGAAAAAUAUGAAGAAAAGUUAGCCCAUAAUAGACCGAAUUCAGAUAUUUUACUACACUGAUUGGAUUAUCAAAGUAUCAAAGAUCAGUCUGAUGUUCAAGGAUAUCUGUGAGAUAGCCUGAAAGAACCAAUACAAGGGUUAAGAUCAAACCAAAUAGUUCUUCUGCUUCACAUGGAUGAUAUUGAAGAGAUUAAAGCAGGAGAACUCCAGAAAUUGGAAACUAAUUGCAGAGAUUGUAUGCGAACAUUAAGACCAAAAUCAGAACAAGAGUUGGGAUAUCCUCCAUCUAUUUCAGUCAUCCCUGUUAAUCUAGAAGAAGGUAUUAACCUCUUUACAAGAAAAACUGAAGAUUUUGGAUGUCUUAUGGAAAUACUAUCUCGAAUACUUUCUCAUAAAGAAUGUGAGGACUCAAAAUUCCCAAUUUUGGCAGUCACUAGCGAAUGUCAAGGAAAAAUCAGCUACGAAUGGUUAUCCAGAGGAACUAUUGAUCCAAAAGUUUCUUAUAAAGUGUAUCCUUCGAAUGAAAAUAUCACUCUUUCAUAUAUUAAAGAUGACCCUCUUAGCUUCACUUAUUCACUAGCCAGAGAAAAUCAGGAAGACGCAAACUCUGAUUGUGCAGAUAGCAUCAGUAGUGAGGAAGAUAAAGAAGAGUCUAAAGUUUCUAUGGACACGCUCAGAAGAGGAUCCAUCAUUACUUCAAUAGAGGAGGAAAGAGUCAAUCUGUCACAGAAGCUUAUGGUUGAGUUCGAGCUUUUCUCAAACGCGACUAUUGUAACUAAAGGGUUUAUCUUUGAUCUACUUCUUCAUUCCGCUCAUUAUGAAGCUACAAUAGCAUCUCUUGAUGGAAUAGUCAGAUACAAAGAUGAUAUUGAAAAUCCAACUGGAAUCCCAGAAAGAGUUUACAAAAAGUCACCAAUAAAGAUGGUAAAAUCAGGCGAUAUUUUCGUCUGAAUUGUCUCUCUAAAGGAACCUGUCCCCGCUGCAAAUCAUUGAGGGACCUCUCUAGGACUAGUUUCAGCAUUGAAAGAUACAAAAGUGAUUGCUAGAGGAAGAAUACUCAAACAUGUGCCAUUCAAAACAUAAAUUUCAUAGAUUU